AUGUCGACCACUGUGACUGUUACUCAGACACAGGCUAACCAAGCCAUGAAUCGCUCCUGUCGGAUGAACAUGGACGGGACCAAUCAAAAUUUUGGCGAUUUUCGUGACGACCUCACUCGGGAUGGCUUUGCUGUUGUCAAAGGAGCCAUUGCUCAGGAGAAAGCUCUGAAGUACGCCGACGCGAUGUACUCCUGGCUUGAAGAUUUUAAGUUGGGCUUCGAUCGCAAUGACCCUGCCACGGUACACAAAGACAAACUGCCCAUGAUCAAUGAGAAGGGAAUGUGUAUCCACUAUGGUCUCGCCCACGAAAAGUUCGUAUGGGAUGUUCGCAGUGAGCCAGGCGUGGUUGGUGCAUUUGAAAAGAUCUACGAUGAUGAAGACUUGAUUGUGUCUUUCGACGCAGUCAACUUCCAGUUUCCCAAUCGGACAGAUCUCCCUUCCAACAAGCCCUGGCCGCACCAGGACCAAGAUCCUGAGAAACAUGGUUUCCGCUGCAUGCAAGGCCUUGUUAACCUACUGCCUAACGGACCGGAUGAUGGUGGCUUGAUCGUUUGUCGAGGCGGACAUCUUCUCUCCGAACAGUUUCAUCGCGAAAUGGCCGACGAGGAACGCAUCCCUGCUUGGACACCGGAGUGGUACGGCUUCACUGAGCAAGGCAUGAAGUGGCUGGAGGACCAUGGCUGCAAGUGGGAGAAGGUGUGUGCUGAGCCAGGCGAUCUGCUUCUUUGGGAUUCACGUACUCCGCACUAUAACCUGAGUCCCAAGAGUCAACAGCCCCGGUUCGCUAUUUAUACUUGCUUCAUGCCCGUUGCCGAUGCUACGCAGGGCGAUUUAGUGCGAAAGAAGGAUGCUUUUGAACGCCGCGUCGGAACAACCCACUGGCCGAACGCGAAACACACCGGGUCCAAUGUUGCCCAGAGAGAUGGAGUAGAGGAUCCUCAUAAUCGGGAUAGACCGGUGAAUGAGCCGGUGCUCAGUGAGCGGGCUUUCAAGUUGACUGGGAUCCCAUAUAUCACGGAGCGGGCAUAG